UCUGAAAGCACAAACUGGCUCAGACGUCCUCGGUGCCGCCAGUCUGGUGAGCGACUGAAGCUCUAACGAUGUCGACCCUUCUGCUGGUCGUGGGGGUCGUGGUGGGACUUGCCUACAUUUACCGUCACAUUGUGGUGAAGGGAAAGAGGUGCACAAGUGAAGCAAAGCUGGAUGGGAAAACUGUGAUUGUGACCGGCAGCAACACGGGCAUUGGGAAGAUGACAGCCAUAGAUUUGGCAAAAAGGGGAGCCAGAGUGAUCAUGGCCUGUCGCAGCAAGCAGAGAGGAGAGGCUGCUCUGGAGGAUGUCAAGAGGGAGAGCGGCAGUCAUCAGGUGCUGUUCAUGCAGUUGGAUCUGGGGAGUCUCAAGUCCGUUCGAAACUUUGCCGAAACCUUCCUGAAGUCUGAACCCAGACUGGACAUCCUCAUCAACAACGCAGGUAUUUACCUCCAGGGUCGAACGGAGGACGGACUUGGGAUGAUGUUCGGCGUCAACCACAUCGGGCACUUCCUGUUAACCAACCUGUUGCUGGACCGGCUGAAGGAGUGUGAACCCAGCAGGGUGGUCAACGUGUCGUCCAUGGCGCACAACUUUGGAAAAAUAGAUUUUGACUGCCUGAACAAGCACAAAGCUCUCGGACUGGGGACGUCCUUCAUGGAGGUUCUGCAGGUCUACUCCGACAGCAAGCUGUGCAACGUCCUCUUCACCCACGAGCUGGCCAAGAGACUGCGGGGAACCAAGGUCACCUGUUACAGCCUCCAUCCAGGAGCUAUCAACUCUGAGCUGGCGAGGAACACGAGCUCCACACUGCAAAUGCUGCUGUCUCCUGUGACGGCGUUUUUCUUCAAAAACACCGUCCAGGGAGCCCAGACCACCCUGCACUGCGCUCUCCAGGAGGGGAUUGAACCUCUCAGCGGACGUUACUUCUCCAACUGCACCGUGAGAGAAGUCUAUCCCAAAGCCAAGGAUGACGCUACGGCGAAGAAGCUGUGGGAGCUCAGUGAGAGACUGACUGCUCUCGCAUAAAAAGCCGUCCAUCGAAUUCUUGAUAUUGAGUUGUUAUUAGGCGGAUUUUCACUAACCCUCAAAUUUGUGCCAAUUUAGAAAAAAAAAAAUUAUCGCAAAAACAAAAAUUUUAACACUUGCAUGAGGUAGUAUUUCAGGCAAUUCGAAAAAGAAAUAUCUGACAAAACUGCUAUAGAAACACUUUUUUGGCUUUUCUAGGUCACAUGAUGCUAUGGCGAUGUGCUCGUCAGCAGGAACGGGCUCCGUCAUGAUGCAGCAGGAGCUACAAAAACUGUUAUUGUAUCACAUAACUUAAGUUUUUAAUCCACAAUUCCUCUGUGAAAUCGUGGACUACAUCUCCCAGAAAUCCCUCAUAUGUGGCCGCUCCCACAUAUG